AUGGACAGACACCGCCGCGAUGAGUCCCCUUCUGGUCUGUCGGACAUUGUCGAACAAGACGGUCUUCUGGGGACCGGCCUGACGACCCGACAUAUCGAAGCUUUCGGCCGGAAAGUCACCACAACCGCCGGCCACUUGAUGGGCCCCAACGGCGAGUCCUCCAGCGGCGGUCACUACCACAAUGCCAUGGCCGACAUCCAGCGCGAGCUCCGACGACCGACCAGCCAGCGCAAAGUCUUCUCCCUGACCCAAACCACCCCGACCGACCUCGUCCGCUCCAAGCUGUCGACCUCCGAAAUCCAGUCGCGUGCCAUCUCCUCCCUCCCCGACGACCUCCUCGCGAACAUCCCCGACGACGCCAGCUCCUACUCCCUUUUCCAGGGCUUCCAGGCCUCGCAGGACGACCAGGAAUACUGCAAAUCGCAUCGACGGCGCUCUUCGAAGGGGAAAAAGCUGCUGAAGGAUGGCGGCGACCGGGCGGCUUUGCCCUCCGCUCCGGGCGACUUGAAGAAGGAGCGCGAGCUGUUGACGCGACGCAUGGAUCUGAUGGGUGUGCGCAAGAAUAUGUGUAGCUCGGAGAUCCAUGAGAUCGACAACAAGAUCGCGAACCUCCAUAAUAUGCGCAAGAUCGUUCUGGAUCGUUUGGCCGGGUUGGAGAUGGAGGAGGCGGAGCUGGAACAUGAAUUGACCGAGAUCGAGAAUAAGCUCGAAGAUACCCAAGAGGAACCGCCCGAAACGCCGGCACAACCGGUGACCCCGGCUUCUGUGGAAGGGAACGAGGGCUCUGUUGCCUCGGAAGACCCGGCGAUGGAUGCAUCGUUUAUGUCGGAAUCGAUCUACCAGAAGAUCCCUUCGCCAAAGAGUGUAAAACAGAGAUCCAUACGGAAACGAUCAAUGCCAAUUCUGCACGAACACUUCGCCCCCGGGUCGCUGAUCAAAGAAAUGCCGGCACACUCCGACAUGGUCACGGCCAUUGAUUUCGAUUAUCCGUUUGGUACUAUGAUCAGCGCAGCCCUAGACGAUACCGUACGGGUUUGGGACCUCAACGUUGGCCGAUGCACCGGAUUUUUGGAGGGACACAACGCCUCAGUUCGGUGUCUACAGCUCGAGGAUAAUAUCGUCGCUACGGGCUCUAUGGAUGCAUCUGUCAAGCUCUGGGAUCUGAGUCGCGCUCGGUCCGUGCCUCGUAAUAACCGUCUGAACCGGGGUGACGAUGACGAGGAUGACGACGGCGCCUCCCAAGCAUCGCACUCCACCACCCUGGAGGAUUGCCAUGUGUUCUCGCUGGACGCGCACGUCGACGAGGUGACUGCCCUCCACUUCCGCGGAAACACGUUGAUCUCGGGUUCUGCGGAUAAGACGCUGCGGCAAUGGGACUUGACCAAGGGCCGAUGCGUUCAAACACUCGACGUCCUAUGGGCGGCGGCCCAGGCGGACUCGCUGGGAGGAGAUACCCAGUGGCGACCGACCGGCCGAGUUCCCGAUGCAUCCGCGGACUUUGUGGGAGCCGUUCAAUGCUUCGACGCGGCGCUGGCGUGUGGUACGGCCGACGGAAUGGUUCGCCUGUGGGAUCUGCGGAGCGGACAGGUGCAUCGGAGUCUCGUGGGCCAUACCGGCCCCGUUACGUGCUUGCAGUUUGACGACGUCCACCUGGUGACGGGAAGCUCGGACCGAAGUAUCAGGAUCUGGGAUCUCCGAACCGGAUCGAUCUACGACGCCUACGCCUACGACCACCCCAUCACCAGCAUGAUGUUCGACUCCAAACGCAUCGUUGCGGCGGCCGGCGAGAAUGUGGUGAAGGUGUACGACAAGGCCGACGGGCAGCACUGGGAUUGCGGUGCCGGCGUGGGCGCCGACGACACGGGACCGUCUCACGCGACGGUCGAUCACGUGCGACUCAAGGAAGGAUUCCUCGUCGAAGGCCGCAAGGACGGCAUCGUCGGUGCUUGGACCUGUUAG